UGAUGACGCAGGCAGGCAGCACAGUUUUUAUCUAAUGGCUCUCACAUCGAGAGCUCAGGCCAGUAGAGGAAGAAUAUCCUCCGGAAACGGUCUCAGAGGCUUGGAAUAAUCUAACCCUCGAUGUACCUGAGACAUUUUACAAGACUGUUUUCAGCUAUGGCUGGACCCAGGCCUGUGGUGUUUAGUGGUCCGUCCGGGGCAGGAAAAAGCACCCUGCUGAAGAAACUUAUCAAGGAACAUGAAAAUGUGUUUGGCUUCAGUGUCUCUCAUACAACAAGAAACCCUCGUCCAGGAGAAGAGAACGGCAGAGAUUACCAUUAUGUUACACGGGAGGCUAUGCAGGCGGCCAUAAACAACGGCGAGUUCAUCGAGAACGCAGAGUUUUCUGGAAACCUGUACGGCACAAGCAAAGCCGCCGUCCAAGCUGUCCAGGCCAAGAAUCUCAUCUGUAUCCUUGACAUCGACAUGCAGGGCGUGAAGAACAUCAAGAAGACAGACCUCAAUCCCAUGUACAUCUCCAUCCAGCCGCCAUCCAUGGAAAUUCUGGAGAAGCGAUUAAGGGACAGGAAUACCGAGUCGGAGGAGAGCCUUCAGAAGCGUUUACAUGCAGCCAAGGUGGACAUGGAGUUAAGUAAAGAACCUGGCAUGUUUGAUGUCGUUAUUGUCAAUGACGAUUUGGAGGAUGCUUAUAAGAAUUUAAAACAAGCUCUUCUUGAGGAAAUUAAUAAAGUCAAGAAAGCCAAGACUUCUUUGUAGAAGACGGCACCGCCCGGCACCUCAUCCAUUCACUCCCCUAUAACUCCAGACCUACAUUUGACAUGUACAUUCCCUCAGAUGGUGAUCUGUGAAACUCAAGACAGCUUAAAUAAGGAAUCUACAAACAUGUAUUUAGAUGAAGUUGGUAAAAAAAAAAAAAAAAAGUUUUAUUUUUAAUGAGCAUUUUUAGAUUUUUAUUUUCUUUAUUCUUUGUUUGGGAAAAAAAGCUACUCCAAUGAAUCUUACUUGAAGUCUGACUUGCACAAAACAGGAAGAUUCCUGUUGUUACAGAAUUCUCUUCAGUCGGGACUGCAUGGUGCCUUGUUCGUGGCACAUGAAUCAGGGAGCAGUGUGACCCAUUCCAUCAGGUGGACAAACCAGUUUUAGGAUGUAAAGCCAGUUGAUAUGACAUGCUGGUUGUUGGCACCAAACUGUGCUCACCUGGUAAUGUCAUUUAGUGUUGAUGAAGUAGAAAUAAUCCAGAGUUGUGAUAUGUGGUGGUUAGGCAGGAUUUAAAAUUCAGGAGGUUGUUUACGUUCAGGAGGUUUAUACAAGUCAGGCAUACUUUUGAAACAUUAUUGUUAUUCCAGUGUUUGGUAAAGCCAUUCAUUUUAAAGCUGUUUUGUUGUUGUAUAUGUUAACAGUUGUAUAAGUUUCAUUUGGAUUCUGUUGUGCUCAAGUAGUUAAAUCCAAUCUUGCUUAGAGAAACAAAUCGUUUGUCAUUGUCACUUUUUUAUGUUUUAAGCGGGGAAUACAAAGUUGACUAUUUUACAAGUGUAAUUUUGUAAACUUUUAUAUUGUGUAACUUGUUCACAUUGUAGCUUUAUGUGUAUAGUGAAAUGACAUUCAUUGGACUUUAAAGCAUAAAUAAAUGGACAUUUUAAUAUAUUGUUUUAUAUAUUCCAUAAAACAAAAAAGCACACCAAAUCAAAUUAAAGGGGCAGUAUUAUGUAAACCAGGUAUUUUGUUGACUGUUGCAUUGAUUAUUUUAUGCAUGUUUGAGAAAUCUUCUAAUCUUUCCUGGCAGCCAUUCGAGUUUGCAAAACGCUUGAUGGGACCCAGAAAGCUCUGUGGAGCGGUAGUACCUAAGCUGAGUUUCUGCCUCACAGAGCAACCCUCGCCGACGCAUCCCCCAUUAAACUCCUUCAGACUAGCAGCAGCAGCAAUUAGCAAGCACCUGGUGGAACUGCUCAUCUGCUGAGCUCAUGUAAACUACUUUUCAGUUCAACACUCCUAAGAAUGACGUUAUAGGCUUAAUGGAGGAACAUUGUGAUGACAUGCUGAAGGUAUUAGUUACUUGAUUGCGCUAUUUUUAUCACAAUGUGCCUGAAAAAUACAUAAUGCUGCCCCUUUAAAGGAUGUCUAUGAUGUACUUGUAAACUAGCAUCAAUAUUUUUUCCAGCAACAAAGUAAAACUAUUAAUGGCACUUUGUAAAAUCAAUUCAUCUGACCAAAAGUUAUGUAUUCCUGAUAUUGUUGUUCACUAUUUGAGCUUAUUCUUAAUUCCAGCAAUAAAUCCUCUGGAAUACUAAAAUAUGUUACAUAUUAAAACUUCAAUAAAAUGUUACAGCUACAAAGUGCAUUAUUUGUUUAGUCACACAAGUCUAGCUCAAAAACCCAUAUGCUCAAAAACCUAGUUUAAUUUUAUUUAAAAACUGAAAUCAAUAUGUAUUUCUUAGAGGAUUUGAAACAUUUAUCACAGUUACUUUUGAUUAUUAAAGCUUACAGCUGAUGAAAACCCAAAACUUAAUUUAUCAGAAACUUUAAUUAGACAAAUAGAAAAGGCACUUAAAAAAACAACAACCUGGAAAUUAAGGAAGUCAUGAGAAAGACUAACGUGACAGUGGUCCAUUAACAUCCUCUACAAGGAGGGUAAGCCACAAAAAGAAGCCAGCAGUUCAGAGUGUUGUAAUUAGGUAAAGUAAAAGGUUACAAAAAAGUGUUGUGGAGAAAGGGAAUAUUGCUGCUGGAGCCGGUGCUCAUUGGAUCUGGUGUCUCAUUUUACUCAGUUCAUAAGUGGUUUAAUAUAAGGAGUAUCCCCACUUCACCCCAUCUCCUGCAUCUCUAUGAUGAUACUUGUCAAUGAGACAAAAGUCUCCGCUUUAUGAAUCAUUUUGUAACUCUUGAAUUGCCUUUCCUUCAUGUUCCUCUCAAGGUUGCAGUUACCCCUGUUGCUUUUGUACCCAUUAAAAACAGAUUUUUUGUCCAUUUA